AACAUGUAACACUGAUCAUUUUAUUUUGAUUAAAAUAAAAAAAUUGAGAAUUUGUAGUAAAAAAUGAAAGACGUCUGAUUUCUUUUGAUUUUUUCGAAAUUUUAUUGUUCGUGUAAUGAAGUUAGUUAGAUAGAAAUGUAGGCGAUUAUUUGGACCUUACGAAUCAACCUGCAACCGGUAUAAUAUGAAGUCGAAAAAUGGAAAUUGAAUAGUAUAAAUCAUUUACUAUGUAUUCCGGCCAGAAUUUGUUACAAAAUUUUAAUGGAAGUAAUCAGUACCAAGUACCGAAAAUCAAGGUGGAAAGAGAAGACGACUACGAAAAUCGUACUGAUUCGGUAGAAGAUACAGAAGACGAUUUUCAUUACCAAAAUGACCACGAUAACGUUACCUAUAACGUUGAACCAGAACACGAAUCAAAUAUUCCUGAAGAAGAUGUACAUAAUUUAUCAGCAACAGAUAAAUUGCAGAAUUUCUUCAAAACUGAAGGAAUACGAUUACCCCGUGGAACAGAAAUCCUUAUAGCGCCUGUGAUGUCAUCGAGUGGUGUACACGAAAACCACUUGAACCAGUCAUCCCCCAACGAAACGCCUAACCUCGUUUCGCCGGUCGACUUCCCACCGUAUAUACCAGAUGUAGAAGACGAAUCGUUACCCUCGGCGCCAAAAUUACAAAAAAACUACCCUUGUUCCUUAUGCGAUAAAGCCUUCAGUACGAAGCGUUUUCUGGAAACGCAUAUUCGUCUACAUACCCUGGAAUCGCUUCCGGAACACCAGCUGAGCUUGGAACGUGAACUCGGUCUGCAUCGAGAAUCCUUAAAUAUGUUACCUUCGACAGAUACUUCAUCGGGCGGCUCGUUCGCUUGUCCCGUUUGCGAUAAAACCUUUAACAUGAAACGUUACCUCUCGAAUCAUCUACGGUCCCAUAAUAUGAAACUGGUGGAAUCGGAUCCGAAUUUCAAUGGCGAGUCGUAUACCUGUAAACAGUGCCAAAAAUCCUAUACAAAGAAAGCCUCGUUUAUCGCCCAUAUGAAGGCGCACGACGACAGACCGUUCAAAUGUGAAAUAUGUAGUCGUCUGUUUCGCGAAGUGAACUCUUUAAACGUGCACCGUUCGUUACAUUCCUCGAAUUCGAAACAUCAGUGCACCGUCUGCGGACUAUAUUUCAAGUUUCGAUCUCAACUCAAGAUACACGCGUGGACCCAUAGUGAUAACAAAUUCACUUGUAAAUUCUGCGCUAAAAUUUUUCGUAAUUAUUUCUCGUGCAAGAGUCACGAAAAUCAUCAUGUUAACGGCAAACAGUUCAUAUGUUCCUUCUGCGAGAAAACUUUCAAAUACAAGGUCGCCCUUAAAACGCAUUUACUAACCCAUACAAGACCUUAUAAAUGCGACUCGUGUAAUCGUACUUUCGACAACUCGGUCAAAUUGCAAAACCACAAGAAAAACCAUCUGUUCGAGAAAUUCCAGUUGAAUAUUUCCGAAAGCGCCGGUGAUCCUUUGGCUAUGAACGGUGGCGAUAUGUUCGUCAAACUCGAGCCGAACGACGAGUACCCGAACAACAGCGACGAUCUGCGACAGACUCCCCAAGCAUUCGAACAAUCCAUCGAUCCGCAGCAAAUUGAAUUUUUACCCGACUGCGGCCCUUAUGACGAGUCAGCCAAAGCAGACACUGUGGUAGAUGAUUGUUUGGUCAAGAAUUUACAAUUACAUUUCUUGGAAGGAGGUGGACCGGAAACGAACGAUGGCAGAGAUGGGGAUAUGGGAAAUAACGGCGAUAAAUCCGACAUGCCUCCGUACUCUUGUCAGCAUUGUGACGUAAACUUCAACUUACUGGAAGAGUUUCAAGGUCAUAUGGCGUCCCACGAGGGUAAACUGGACAUCAGCUGUAAGCAUUGCGGCCAAAUGUUCAAACGGUUUAAAAAAUUGGAGAAGCAUUUGCGUAAACACAACGAAUACAAAUGCGAAAGGUGUAUCAAGAGUUUCGAAACCGAGGCCGAAUUAUUACAACAUACAAUUUACCAUAAAGACGAAUCUUUCAAAUGCAACUAUUGCGAAAGUAUGUUUACCAAUAAGUACACUUUGCAGUAUCAUAUUAAGCGCCAUUUGAAACGUUACCGUUGCAAGUACUGUCCGAAGAGUUUCGAUAACGAGGGUCAACUCGAGGCUCACAUCAACACCCAUCAAUCGGUGUACAAAUGCGACUUCUGCGAUAAAGAUUUCAAGUUUAAUUCGUUGCUAAUGAAUCAUUUGAAGAUACACACCAGACAAUACAAAUGCGACCAAUGCGACAGAUCGUUCGAUAAGAGUAUCACGCUGUCCAGACACCAGAGAAACGCCCACGCACCGGCUCCUUUCAUUUGUCACGUCUGCGAACGCUCUUUCACCUACGAAUCGACCUUCAAUACGCAUAUGCGUAGCCAUAAUCGUCAAUUCCAGUGCGUCUAUUGUCUGCGUAGUUUCGACGACGAGCAUUGCUACAAGAAACACGUACGACGCCACGAAAUGAAGUACACCGAAUUCAAAUGCGAAAAAUGCGACAAAAAGUUUAAAUAUUACUCGCAGCUGCAGGCUCAUAUCAAAAACCACGGUAACGUGUACCGUUGCGAAGAGUGCCAAAUCGAACUAAAACAUUGGAAGAGUUACGAGAAGCAUAAAAGACUCUUGCACGGGUCUCAAGAAACGGACACUUCCGCAGAUCAACAACCCGCUUCCGAAGAAACGUCCACCUCGACCACCGAACCUUCCACUUCGUCUGCGCCGGUUCAAAGUAAAGUUCACAAAUGUCCCAAGUGCGCCAAACAAUUCAAAUACCAUUCUCAGCUAUUGCUGCAUGUGAAAAACCACAAAAACGCUCAUCGUUGCGAUCGCUGCGAAUUGGAAUUCAAAAAUUACCGAACUUACCAAAAACACGUACGAGUUGAGCACGAACAAACCCAAGAGUUCGCUUGCACCCAUUGCGACGCGAAAUUCAAGUACCAGAGUCAGCUUAGAAAUCACGCCGAAUCGCAUAAUCGUAAAUACGCCUGCGAUCAAUGUGGCAAAACCUUCAAUUCGAAGAAAUACUUCGCCAGCCAUCAACUUUCGCAUACCGUCGAUAGCCUGAAAUGCGACUUCUGCGAUAAACAGUUCAAAUAUUACUCUACUCUGAAGAUACACUUGAAAUCGCACCAAAAAGAGUGCACUUUCCAGUGCUUUCAUUGCGAUCGUGUAUUCAAAAGUAAAUGGAAAAUACAACGUCACAUCGAGACCGUACAUUUACGCGAUAAAAAAGCCUUGUUCAUUUGCCAAACGUGCAACAAACAAUUCAAAUACCAGUCGCAGCUGAAAUUACACGUUGCUCAGCACGAGAAAACUUACCCGUGUAAACUGUGCGAUCGUUCGUUCAACAACCGACGUUUUUUCCUGUUCCAUAAACAGAAGCACGCCAACACAUCCACCUUAGCGUGCCCUCAAUGCGGCAAAACAUUCAAAUACAAUUCGCAACUACGUAUUCAUCUGAAAUCGCACGCGAAAGGCACGAGUAGAGCUUACCGAACCCAAUGCUCUUGGAACUGCAACCUAUGCGGUAAAAGAUUCAAGUUUCGGUCACUGCUUAAAAACCAUAUGAUGAUACACGAAGGAGUCAAACCCUACCAAUGUGAUUACUGCGGUAAACGAUUCGCUUGGAAAAGCAGCCUGCAGAUACACUCGUCUUUCGUACACAAACACAAAACACAGUUUUAUUGCCAACCCUGCGACAGAUACUUCUUCUACGAAAGUCAAUACAAACAGCAUAUGUCCACUUGCCAAUGGGAUGUCUCGUUCAACUGCAAGUACUGCGACAAACAACUGAAAUCUCGUAAAACCUACGACUUACAUUUACUCAAACACGAAGGCACCAAACAAUUCACUUGCGCUCAUUGCGAAAAAGCGUUUUAUACUAAACAAGUACUCCAGAACCAUAUUAAAACUCACCUCGAAAGAGAAACCAAAACGUGCCCGGUAUGUAAUCUACAAUUCACCAGCGACUUUCGCUACAACAGCCACGUGCAAAACCAUUACGACGAAUUCACCUGCGAUAUUUGCAAUAAAGUUUUCAAAUGCAAGUAUAAAAUGAAAAGACACUUUAUGACUAUGCAUCAGCCCAAUUCAACCUAUUCGUGUCAACUCUGCGGCAAAUUAUUCUUACGCGAAAGUGCCCUUAUUAAUCAUCAAGCCGCGCACUUCGGAGCAGCCACCGCUGCCUCGGCAGAUGAUCAAAAUAUCAAAGCUGAACCGUACCAAGAGAUUGACGAUACGUACGAUAAAGCUGUAUCGGGAAAUUAUCUUCCAAACGUCGAACAGAUCGAUUGUAAACCGGAUCUUUCCGAGUUGGGAAUCCUAGUUCCAGAAGUGAUUUACGAAAACCAUUUUUAAACACGAGUAUUACCGUUAUUUUCUAAAUUUAUUUUAGGUCGUUGAAAAUGUGUACAAUUUUAUUAUUUUUAUUCAUAAGAUUAAUAUGAUUUAUUUUUGAUGCAUUUUUUAAUUUUUUCUUUCGAUUUUUCGUAAAUUAACUAUUGUUGCAGAAUUAUAUUUAUUUGGUGUUUUA